AUGGCCCCUACUACUCGCCUAGUCGUCUUUGGAGACCAGACUGCAGACUUUGUCGCCAAGUUGCGCGACCUCCUUGCCGCCGAGAACAAUCCUGUCCUUACAGCUUUCCUUGAGCAAAGUCAUUAUGUCUUGCGAGCACACAUGAUACAAGCACUACCACCUCAAGAGCACAAGUCUCAGAGAACGGCAAACCUUGCCGAGAUGGUCCAGAGAUAUGCCGAUGGCCAAAUGAGCUCGCCGUUUCAGACGGCACUGUCUUGCGUUGCCAAUCUCGGCUCCUUCAUCAGGUGGGCUAAGUUGUCUCGAAUUUCAGUUACAGCGACUGACAGAUUCUCAGAGAGUUUGAAAGCUCGGGAAAAUCGUACCCGAACGGUGACGACAGCUAUAUGCUCGGUCUCUGCACAGGCUCGAUAGCUGCCGCGGCAGUCAGCGCGAGCAGCUCCCUUUCCGAGCUCCUGCCGCUGGCAGUCCAAGCUGUACUCAUCUCUUUGCGCACCGGUCUUUGUGCCCUUGCGAUGCGGGACAGGAUCGAGACAUCGGCGGCAGGUCGUUCAGGGUCUUGGUCUGCUGCCGUCAAGGGGUUGGACGCUGCGGCCGCAGACGCCGCCAUCGAGGAGUUCUGCAAGACAAACUUGCUCCCACUAAGCAGAAAGCCUUGGGUAGCCUCUUCCAGUGCACAGUCUGUCACCGUGUCUGGUCCUCCUCAAGUUUUGGAUCAGCUUUUAGCAGCACCAGGCUUUGCACACCUCAAGUCGUCCAGGAUUCCAGUUCACGUACCUAGCCACACGUCAAGUCUAUUCACACAAGACGACAUCCUAACUAUCCUUGAAACCACACCUACAUCUACAUGGUCAUCGUACUGUGCAAGGAUCCCCCUGGUCUCGGGCGCAACUGGGACUCUGUCUUGGGCAAGCAACUACCGCACAUUGAUGGAGCAAGCAGUAGACCAAUGUCUGCUGGUGCCGCUUGAGCUCCGCUACAUAGAGGAAAAUCUGCCGUGGGUCCUGCAAGCUCGUGGAGUGACCGAUCUUUCUGUCAUCGCAGUGGGCUCUUCUGCGGACCGCCCGCUUGUUACCGCGCUCAAACCCGCCAUAUCAGAGGUCAGGUCAGAAAGGAUGUCAUCUCCAACAAAUGUAUUUUCGCAUCGACCCAGUGGAGACAAGGGCAAGAUCGCAGUUGUCUCGAUGUCUGGCCGCUUUCCAGAAUCACCAAGCACCGAGACAUUCUGGGAUCUCUUGUACAAAGGACUUGACGUCGUCAAGGAAGUCCCGAAGCGCCGAUGGGACGUCAAGACGCAUGUCGACGAGAGUGGCAAGGCGAGAAAUAAGGGUGCAACGAAAUGGGGCUGCUGGCUGGACUUCGCUGGUGAUUUCGAUCCUCGCUUCUUUAGCAUCUCGCCAAAAGAAGCACCUCAAAUGGACCCAGCGCAGCGCAUGGCAUUGAUGUCCACUUACGAAGCCAUGGAGCGUGGCGGUAUCGUGCCGGACACCACUCCCUCGACUCAGAGGAAUCGAAUUGGUGUCUUUCACGGAGUGACGUCGAACGAUUGGAUGGUAUGACCUACGUAUCGGAAAAGGACACAUGAAGUGCAUGAUAUUGACAUUUGAGCAGGAGACAAACACGGCCCAGAAUAUCGACACCUAUUUCAUCACUGGUGGUAACCGUGGCUUCAUUCCAGGUCGUGUUAACUUUUGCUUCGAGUUCAGCGGUCCUAGGUAAGUGCUUGGCUAAGGUGCCGAGGUGCGCUCAUGAAUCCCGGACCGACGGCUGACUCUUCUCAAGCUACACAAACGACACCGCCUGCAGCAGUUCGCUGGCUGCGAUACACUUGGCAUGCAACUCACUCUGGCGAGGUGAUUGCGACACGGCAGUUGCAGGUGGCACAAACAUGAUCUUUACCCCCGACGGCCACGCUGGGCUCGACAAGGGCUUCUUCCUCUCGCGAACGGGCAACUGUAAACCCUUCGACGACAAAGCUGACGGCUACUGUCGCGCGGAAGGCGUGGGCACUGUCUUCCUUAAACGCCUGGAGGACGCCUUAGCCGAUGGAGAUCCCAUUAUCGGCACGAUAUUGGGCGCACAGACAAACCACUCUGCCAUGAGCGACUCGAUGACUCGGUUAGUAGAAGAUCCCCUGGAAUGAACCCACACGGUGUGUCAUUUGAAGUGAUCACUAACUUCGGUGCAGACCGUACGCCCCAGCACAAAUCGACAACAUGUCUGCUACUCUGCGCAUGAGCCAGGUUGAUCCUAGAUCCAUUGGAUACGUGGAGAUGCACGGCACUGGCACGCAAGUCGGCGAUGCCGUAGAGAUGGAAAGCGUUCUUAGCACCUUCGCGCCAAGGCCAGGACAUCGCACCGCCGAAUCUCCCCUAUACAUCGGCUCGGCAAAGGCGAAUAUCGGCCACGGUGAAGGUGUUUCGGGCAUCACCAGCUUGAUCAAGGUCCUAUUGAUGCUGCAAAACGACACCAUUCCGCCCCACUGCGGCAUCAAGCCGGGCAGCAAGAUUAACCACAACUAUCCAGACCUUGGCGCACGAAACGUUCACAUCGCCUCGCAGCCCCAGCUCUGGCCUCGGAAGAAGGGCGAGAAGCGCCGUGUGCUGAUCAACAACUUCAGUGCCGCGGGAGGAAACACCGCACUCGUCAUCGAAGAUGCUCCCGAGCGAGCAGCGGUCGAGGAAGUGGACCCCAGGUCUAGCCACAUUGUGACCGUUUCCGCUCAUGUCGGCAAGUCUAUGACGAAAAAUCUGGAAAGCCUCCUUGCCCAUGUCCGCCAACAUAAGGCCAUUCCGCUGAAUCGAUUGUCGUACACGCUCUCUGCACGGAGAUAUCACCAUCUGCACCGUGUCAGCGUGAUCGGCUCUUCUCUGAAAGAAAUCGAGACGAAGCUGCAAAUGGCCAUCGACGACGGAAGCGGCACCACUCGCCCGAAGGCCAAGCCCAACGUUUUGUUCGCUUUCACGGGUCAAGGAUCGCAAUACGUCGGCAUGGGUAAGCAGCUCUACGCAACAUUUCCGAGCUUCCGUGCGGGUUUGCGAGAACUAUGCCGACUUGCGCAAAGCCUGGGUUUCCAGGACAUCCUCCCGAUUUUUACAGGUGAAGGCGUCGGAGCCGACGUAGAAGCGCUCCCUCCUGUGGCGGUUCAGCUGGCUGUUACGUGUCUACAGAUGGCUCUGUUUGACUUGCUCACCUCUUUCGGCAUCAAAGCCAAUUCGGUCAUUGGUCACAGCUUGGGCGAGUAUGCUGCUCUUUACGCCGCCGGAGUCCUGUCUGCUGCCGACACCAUCCACUUGGUUGGUCUCAGGGCUAAGUUGCUGCAGGACAAGUGCCAACGGGCUACACAUGCCAUGCUUGCUGUCAGGGCCUCGGCGACGUCUCUGUCAGAGCUUGUGGCGAACAACGAGGUGGAAAUUGCUUGCAUCAACGGGCCCGAGGACACAGUACUGAGUGGCACUUCAAAGGCUAUCCAGAAUGUGCAACAGCUCGUCGCUACGAGAGGUAUGAAGGCUACUCUGCUACGGCUUCCCUUCGCUUUCCACUCGGCUCAGGUAGAGCCAAUUCUGGAAAGCUUCGAAGCUCUCGCUGGUGGCGUCACGUUCGACGAACCCAGACUGCCUGUUUUGUCUCCUCUAUUGUCAGAGGUAGUGAGCGCAAGGGGCACUUUCGGGCCUCGUUAUCUUGCGAAGCACUGUCGAGGAACAGUCGACUUCACUUCUGCACUUCAGAACGCGAAGGAACAGUCGAUCAUCAGCGACAAGACAAUUUGCAUUGAGAUCGGGCCCAAGCCCCUUCUUUGCAGCAUGCUGAGCAAAACUCUCGGCUCUCAGCUCACGGCCUUGCCCACGUUGUCUCAGCAAACUGAUGUCUGGCCCAACUUCACCAACUUACUAUCGGCGUUGUACUGUGGAGGGAUCGAUAUCAACUGGAGCGCAUACCACGCUCCCUUUCCCUCAUCCAAGACAGUCCUCCAGCUUCCAAGCUACGGAUGGGACCUCAAAGACUACUUCAUUCCUUACGAGGGUGACUGGGUACUGCACCGACACAAGAUUCACUGCAAUUGCGCUGACCCUGGCUGUGAUUCUCAUUUGACGGCGAAUUAUAUUCCAGGAAAGCAUGACUUUGAGGCAAACAUUGUAGCCCCGGGCGGUGUUACUGUCGCUCAUUCGGGACGCAAGAUGUCCAAGCUUGAUCCAGCUCAGGAGGCCUAUCCUACGGUGACUCCGACCACAACGCUUCACAAGACAGUGGAGGAGAAGACGGAGCCGCUCGGAGCCACUCUCGUCGUCGAGACAGACAUCUCCCGGAAAGACGUACACAGUAUUGCGCAAGGUCAUACUGUUGAUGGCAUACCCCUGUGCACUCCGUCCUUCUACGCCGAUAUUGCCAUGCAGGUCGGCAAGUAUGCAAUGGAUAGAAUCCGUGCCGGUCACUCCAACGCUAUUGACGGUUUGAUCGACGUGUGCGACCUCGUCGUUGACAAGGCUCUGAUCCCGCAUGGACAGGCACCUCAACUUCUUCGCACAACAGUCAGUAUGUCGUGGCCACCCAAGGCUGCAGCAACAGUGCGCAGCGCCAAGGUCAAAUUUGCAACAUACACUGCGGACGGCAAAUUGGACACGGAGCAUGCCACCUGUACCGUCCGUUUUGCUACGGAUGCGAACCUGAAAUCCAUCCAGAAGAGGGUGCCCGAGUACAAGGCUGCCAUAUCCAAGCUGCAGGAGAGAGUUGCAAGAGGAGAGCUGGUCCACUACAACACGAAGAGCGGGUACAAGCUGAUGAGUAGUAUGGCCGACUUCCAUCCGGACUACAAGCUGCUGAAGUACCUCAUUUUGGACGAGACGGAAAAUGAGGCAAUGGCAGUCAUGAACUUCGCGACCUGUACGGACGCCGGAACAUAUGCGGUGCAUCCAGCGUAUGUCGACGCCAUCACGCAGGUCGGCGGCUUCGCCAGUAAGUAUCGCGAAGGGCUCAAAGCCCUGCUCUGUUGUCUCAGGGGAAUUCAACUGACGCCUGUCUAGUGAACGCCAAAGACGACACCGAUAUCGCAAAAGAGGUGUUCGUAAACCAUGGAUGGGGUUCGUUUCAAGUCUUCGAACCCUUGGAAAAGGGGAAGGCUUAUACGGUCCACACCAAAAUGACCAAGGACGAGACCGGUGAUCUUGUGCACGGCGACACGAUUGUGCUUGACGGAGACAACGUUGCCGCCUUCUUCAAGGGGCUCUGCGUUCGCAAGGUACCUCGCAAGGGAUUGCGUGCCGUCUUGCAGGCUGCUAUGGACAAGGGUAUCCGUCAACGAGGCGGCAAACUCGGUAAUGUUAAGACUACCGCAGCUCCACUAACUCCAGCCUCCAAGCCAGUGCCGUCCCCGUCAAAGUUGGCGACGAAGACAGCUUCAAAACCUGCUGCACCCGCCGCAGCGCCGCCACAGAAGCCUGUUGCAAUUGCAAGGCCUGCCGCAAAUUCCCUCUUCACCGACACACUGAAGAUCAUCUCCGAUGAGUCCGGUAUCGCGCUCGAAGAGCUCACGGAUGGUAUGUACAGGAGAGCCUACAAUCUUCUGCAGCGGAUACUAAUUACCGAUGGCAGAAUCUAACUUCGUUGACAUGGGCAUAGAUAGUCUGUCCUCCCUCACGAUUACCAGCAGAUUACGGGAAGAUCUCAGCAUGGAUCUUGCUCCAGAGUUUGCCCUGUUCGUUGAUUGUCCCACCGUUGAGGCACUCAAGACCUUCCUUGGCGGCUCCAGGCAAACUGCUGCUGAGGCGGACGUGCAGACAGUAACGGUUGCAUCUCCUACUGUUCCUGAGCUUAAGGAGGAGGACGUUGUGAAUGCCGCGGUGGAGUCGGUCUUGCAGGAAAACGACCAGCAUCCGCAGGAGUCUGCCGAGCCAGCUGCCCGCCUGUCCACAAAGCCAGUAGCCUCUGCCGACGAUACUGCUGCUUUCCAGUCAGCGUUGACCAUUAUCGCCGAGGAGUCAGGUGUUGCAAUCGACGAUCUUACAGAGGAUACCGCUUUCGCCGACAUUGGCAUCGACAGUCUUUGCUCAAUGGUCAUCAGCUCGAGAUUCCGCGAAGAGCUGGAUCUGGAUCUUGACAGCGACUUCUCCCUUUUCAACGAUGUCUCGUCUGUUGUGGAGCUCAGGGCCUUCCUUGGCGGCGAUGCUAAGCCGACGCCAGACAGCAGCUCGACUACGUCCGAGGAAAGCGCCGACAUAGACAGCUCUGCCCACUCUAGUGGCAGCGAAACAAGUGACACGGGGGUUUCCGACGAAGACGAGGAGGGCGAGCCCAAGCCAGUCUUGGAGCUGAACGAUUAUUGCAAACCAACGACCUCCGUCGUGCUCCAGGGACGCCCCAAGAUCGCCAAAAAGACUCUGUUCAUGCUUCCAGAUGGUGGCGGCUCCGCGUCUUCGUACGCCACGAUUCCGCGCCUGCGGUCCGACGUCGCUGUCGUGGGCCUGAACUGCCCAUACGCACGCACACCAGAGGACAUGACAUGCACGCACACAGCCAUGAUCCAGUCUUUCAUCAACGAGAUCCGCCGUCGACAGCCAGAAGGCCCGUAUCACCUUGGCGGCUGGUCUUCAGGCGGAGCAUUCGCGUAUGUGACGGCUGAAGCGCUGAUCAAUCAAGGCGACGAGGUGCAAUCGAUCAUCAUCAUUGACGCACCCGUGCCGCAAGUAAUGGAGAAGCUACCCGUGGAAUUCUACAAGCACUGCAAUUGUGUCGGGCUUUUCGAGAACCAGCCCGGCUCUUCCGCCAGCGAGCCACCUCCGUACCUGAUCCCGCACUUUAUGGCCGUUGUGGAUGUCAUGCUGGACUACCGAGUCGCCCCACUGAAGACGGACCGCAUGCCCAAGGUCGGACUCAUCUGGGCGACUGAGACGGUGAUGGAUGAGGCCGACGCGCCGAAGAUGAAGGGAAUGCACUUCAUGAUCCAGAAGAGACAGGAUUUCGGCCCUGACGGCUGGGAUACUGUCUGCCCCGGUGCGGAGUUCGACAUCGUCAAGGCGGACGGAGCGAAUCAUUUCACGUUGAUGGUAAGUUUGAAGACCGACUACUUGAGACGGGAGACGACGCUAACUUGAUUGUAGACCAAGGAUUAUGUUCAACAAGUGCGCGGCUUGAUCGACCGUGUUAUGGGUUAG